UUCAACACACACUGACUGGCUGUGUGAGAGAGACGCCGGCUACUCACUUACACUCAGUUAUGUCUUCUGCUGAAGAGAAGCCCAAGCCUGCCGCUCAGCCUGAUGGCAAGGCUGCGCAGAGCACCAAGUCAGACACUGGCAUGAACGCGUACAAGAUGUACGUGUUUGACCGUGAAAACUUCCAGGGCCGUAUGAUUGAAAUCAGUAAUGAGUGUAUGAACGUGUGUGAGAUGGGCAUGGACAAAGUGCGCUCUCUUCGUGUUGAAUGUGGCCCUUUUGUUGGCUUUGAGCAGAUGAACUUCUGUGGUGAGAUGUAUAUCCUGGAGAAAGGCGAGUAUCCUCGCUGGGACUGCUGGAGCAACUGCCAGAGGAAUGACUAUCUGCUCUCUUUCAGACCUGUCCGCAUGGACCCAGAGAAGCACAAGAUCUGUCUGUAUGAGAUUGGUGACUUUAAGGGGCGAAAGAUGGAGAUAAUCAAUGACGAUGUGCCCAGUCUGUACUCCUACGGCUUCACUGACCGAGUUGGCAGCAUCAUGGUCAGCUGUGGAACCUGGGUGGGCUACCAAUACCCGGGCUACCGUGGCAGUCAGUACCUGCUGGAGAAGGGUGACUACAAGCACUUUAAUGAGUAUGGUGCUCGCUUCCCCCAGAUGCAGUCCGUGAGGCGUGUGCGUGACAUGCAGUGGCACCCGGAUGGCUCCUACACUGUGGCCAGCAAGUGAGGGUUUGAGAGGAUGGGAAAGAGAGGGAGAGGUGGGGAGAGAAAGAGAGGGUGUGGAGCUGAGGGGAGAGGGGGAGGAGCAAGGGACAAGAAGGAGAGAAGGAUCAUGCCAUCCAUAUAAGGGAAAGAGGAAGAGAGUAAUGGGUUAUGAGUCUAUGUAACAGUAUAAAUCAUGGCUACUGACCAUAGAUAGUGAUAGUGUGUUUGUUAAGCGUAGGAUGGCACACUCUUUUUCUCUCUCCUAUCUCAUAUCUCAUACUUUUCUUCUCCUCUCUUUUCCUGUUUUCUCACCCUCAUCCUCCUCUUCCUCAUCCUCAAUUCAACUCUAUUCUCUUGAGGAAAAUCAAGCAAACCACUUCACGCUCUUUUCUCCAACUGGUGUUGGGAUCAGGGGAGAUGAUUGACAUGGAUGGGUAUGAGUAGGGUGACAAAGAGUGAGGUUUGGGCUUCAAGACCAUAUGAAAACCCCUCAUCUUUAUGAAAUAAAAAGGAAAUAUGUGGCAUCA